AUGGUGCAUUAUUCUUACAGGGUAUAUAAUGACCAAAAAGUUGAAGUAGACAUUAAGAACAAUAGAUCAAGAACCGAAAAGUCAGACAAGAAACGGGGCUCAGCAUUCACAAUUGAGGAAAAUAACGAAAUUACAAUAAUUAAAGUAAAGUACCACGGACCAGACAAAGAUAUCAUAAACGAUGGUAUUUCAAGCAUGAUCGUGAGGAAACUAAAGGCUGAUGCUGAAAGUUACUUAGGCAGAAACAUCAAAGAUGCUAUUUUUAUAUCCCCCAAUUACCUUGAGGAAGACCAGGUACUAUCUAUCAGGGAAGCUGCUGCAAUGGCCGACUUCAAGGUGACCAGAAUAGUGAAUAAUACCGUAAUAGUUGACGAUCUUUGUAGUACAAAAAAGAACAAAGACGAAGCUGUGAUGGUCUUUGAAUUGGGAGAUGGAUUUGGCAAGAAUCAGAGUGGAGUAAGAAGGACUUUUCGAAAAGCGAGGAAGAUAUUUCUGUCGAGCUCUGCAAGUACUUCCGAAAUAAAUAGCUCCUUUCAAAGAUCUGAUUCUGCAACCAAAAAGAGAACAUCCAUAGAUGAUCUACAAUCAAGAAUCGAUGAGAUAAUGAGGGGUGAGGGUUCCUCCAAAAGCAGGGUACAAGGAAUUCAAAUUUUUGCUUCUAAUGUCUACAAAACAGAAAUGUGUGCUGGUGCUUGGAAUGUUGAAGACUUCAUUAACAUAGGUAAGACUUUUGGUCAAAAUAUGAUGAACCUACAUGUGGGUAUAGCAGAAAUGCAAUUGGAACAAGUUGUGCAAUAUCUCGAGCUGUUGGCAGAAAGUGGAGACUUCAAAGGAGAAGAUAGGCAUAGAAUUAUCCAAGUUGUUAGCCAGACAAAUAAGUGGUUAAAUGAAAAUAAGAGUAGGAAUCUACCGGAAGAUGUCUACUACAUUAAGUUACAAGAAUUGAAACAAUUCAGAGAUUCACUUAUCGGAAAACGAAACGUUUUUGAAGAUUCAGUAGCCACUGGUACUGAUGACGAUAUACCACCACCCUAUACGCCAAUAUAG